AGAGCCUCGCGCGUUUAACCUAGAAGUAGAACUUUCGGAACUCCAUUUAUCUUAUCACUGCUCACGACAGAUCUGCUUGCUUCAGGCCGUUUAGUCUAGAACAGUUCGGUUCAGUAGUUUUCUCGAUGAUCUUGAGUACCAUGGCAGGCUAAGUCCAAAUUUAUCUCAGUGGUAUUCGUCUCUCUCCCUUCUCGCAUAAUUAUAUCGCAUAUCGGUUUUAAUGAGGAGCUCCUGCUCCAUGAGAAGUACUUCUGGUUCUGUGCGUUGUCUCCCACUAGAAUUCCGGCAAGAAGUCGGGCUAUAUGUAUUCUGAAAAGCAACCUACGCUGCCUCUUAAGUCUUCUCUACUAAACACACUUUAUUUGUUCGACGUCCUAAAUGCACAAAAAUGCAACCGCCCGACGUCCCAAUCGAAGAUUCUUCGGGACGAGGAAGUGAUGACUCGGCUAGCAGUCGGAGUAGCGAAGACGGCGCGGGGAGUGGUGAGGGACGAGAGGAUGCUGCUGCACAAAGUGAGACGUCGAGCAGCGAGGAAGAAGAGGAAGAGCACGAGGGGGACCACGACGGCCAUACCCUGAGCAGCAGCGAUAAAAACAGCGCAGCAGACAGCAUCGCGAGCGAAGAGGAGUCCUCUUCAAGCGCACUAGACCAUCAAGAGGAGAACGAGGAUGGAGAGCAAGGAGAGGACGUUCCUGCAAGAAGUAUUGGCAGCGAAGAGGACGAGGAUGCGAGCGGGAGCGGCGGCGGGCACGACGGAAGUGAUGCUGGAGGAGACGUGGAUGCAGAAGCGGUUGCGAGGACCAGUCAGAGCAGUAGCUCGGAUGGAAAAAACGGACAAGUGAACGCGGCCGCAGGUGACCACAGCGACGGGAGCAGCAGUUCACCCGAUGAAGCUGAUCAGAAUUCCGAUGUCGUUGACAACGGUGCGUCGUCUUUGGCUCGCGAACAAGAACGUAGUGACGAUAACGGUUCUGCUGCUGCUGCUGCUGCUGCCAGCGACGGCGAAAACGACAAAGGUGCAGGUGCGGCCGAGAUAGCACAGCACGAAGAUGAGAUACGCGACGACAGUGAGAAGAGUGCCAGCAGCUACGUUCUCGCCGGCAGCGUGAAAGACGAACAAGAGCCUGAUCCAAAUGACGAAAAUGCGGUUCCCGCUGCUGGACAGGAGGUUCUCACCGAUGCAAAUAACGUGGUGCCAGCAGUACUUCUACCCUCCUGCCGCCAGUGCGCCAACCCGAAAGCGCACGUAAAGCACACCUGCGGCAAGGAACACAAGUUCACGUGGAAAAGGCGCCCGAAGAACGCGGAGAGUACAAAUGUAACGAGCGAUAGGAACAACAGUCGCAAGCUUCUCGGCCCGAAUGCUGCGGGUGACAAAGACGAUGUCAACAGGAAUUUUUCUGAAAAUAACAAUAACCACCCCAGCAGCGAAGAUGACGACUUGGACCCGCACAACAGCAUCAUGCCUUUGGAGAAUUUGGACUUUAUCGCCGACAGUUACCUCCGGAAAAGAAAACUGACGAAGAGAAACAAGGAAAGGGGACCGUACUACGCGAAAUUCAAACUUUCCAUCAACUGGAAGAGCAAGUUAUCCUGUGCAAAAGUAUCGUACUCGUAUUGCAAUCAUGCAUUACAAAUUUUCUUGUUAAGUCAAAUCCGCAUUACAAAUUUUAUUUCUCAUGCUGAGGAAAUUUCUAUUGCAUUUAUACGAGUACGAUGCUUUUGCACUGUAUACAAGUGCCGCUUCAAAAACCUGGACGAAAAAUUCAACGACACCCACUGCACGCAGUGCGGCAAGGAGUAUCAAAUGUAAAAAUGUCUGGGUCUGGAAGAUUGCCAGGUUUGUCAUGCACAUUUUGCAUGACCCAUGAGGUCUGGAAUGCGGGACUUAGCAUGACAGACUCUGCGAGGUCCCUGCCAUGCCUAUUCUGCAUGAGAAAUUCCGGCCCAACUUCGUCAAAAGUGGACAGCUUUUGGCACUCAUGCAACACAGAUUUUUGCAUGCUUCAGAUUUACCAUGACAAGUUGCAAUCUUCCAGACCCAGACAUUUUUACAUUUGAUAAGGAGGGCGGCGAGCUCAUCUUCUGCGACGGCAGGAAUUGCACGCGGUCCUUCCACCUUCCCUGCGUUUCGCGGAACCAGGGCUUCCAGGAUUUGACGGGCCAGGAGUGGCUCUGCCCGUAUUGCGGGGGGAAAGACGAAUUGGUGGUGUACAAUCGGGGGAUGCAGAACAAAAGAUCAGCGCACCAGAAGGCCAACGAAUAUUUCAAGAUGGCAGAACAAGACUCGGCGUUCAAGUUGAAAGUGGAAAAAUUGGUGCGAAAUUGCUCCAUAGCGUCGAAGGCGUCGUUAUGAGAGCUGUGUACUUACAACUCCCCUCAUCAUUUGAAUGGCAGACAGUCAGUAGCAACAGACAGCGAAAGUGUAGUUUCCGCAUGACAUUAUCGCCAUGUACUUAGCUAAGUGCCGCGCGAAAGACUUUACUAGCCUGAGUGCUUUGUGAACGGCUUAAGCCUAAGUGCUUCGCGAACGACUUCAGCCUAGGUGCUUCGCGAACGACUUAUGCCUAAGUGUUGCGCGAAAGACUUAAGCGUAUGUCGCUCGCGAACGACUUAAGCGUAUUUAGUUCGCGAACGACUUAAGCGUAUGUAGUUCGCGAACGACUUAAGCGUAUGUAGUUUGCGAACGACUUAAGCGUAUGUGGCUGCGAGCGAGUUACCUCUAAGUGCUGCGCGAAAGACGUAAUUAUAUGUAGUCCGCGAACGACUUAAGCGUAUGUAGUUCGCGAACGACUUAAGCCUAAAUAAAAUGCUGCGCGAACGACUUAAGCCUGAGUGCUUCGCGCACGACUUAAGCCUCAGUGAGCUUCGUGAAAGACUUAAGCAAGCCGAAGUGCUUCGCGAACGACUAUAGCGAAUAUUUUCUGCGGCACCAAGUGCUCUCUUGCGUGCUGCAACGGAUUCUAUUGCCAAACGGCAGCGGGGACGGCCGGAUUACCUUCCAACUUGCAUGACAGAUGGAGGUAGAUGAGUUGUACACGCGCAUAGUCCUGUCUCGUGGUGCAGAACUGUUUUCCGGACCUGUUUGACGGCAAGCCGAUGGAAGAAUUCGACGUGGAUGAUAUCCUGAGUAAAAACGCCCCCACCCCAGAGUUGUAAUGCAAAUCUGCAUGCCAAAAAAGCCUCUCAUGCGGAGCCCCAUGAGAGCCAUUUUGUACUCGUGUUUUGGGAUUUGUGAUGCUAGAAUCAGCAUGACGUGCUAGAUCUGUGAUGCUUCGGAACUAAACAGGAUUACACUACAAGGACAAAUUUGUCAUGCGAAACAGCCAAAGCUGGUUGAUUUGUUUAGCAGAUUUCGCCAUCUUGACUCUGGUGUGGGGACAUUUUUCCUCACAAUAGAUGACGAAGACUGGUGCGAGCAAAUCAAGAAGAUCCAGGCGAGGUUUAUGACCCACUCAGACGUUACAAUCUCAACUGUUACAAUAGAAUCUGGAAAUCUGUGAUGCAAGAACUGCAUGAUCUAGCCUACUCCCAUAGGAUUGCGCAUGACAAGUUUCGGAGUCCCAAACCCACUUCGAAUCCGGCAAAAUUUGUAUUGCGAAAAGCUCAAUUCUCUCUGCGUUCCUCAUGCUCUUCAUGCAAUACAAAUUCCAGACUCUAUUGUAACGUUUGAGAUUGUAACGCUUGAGCAGGCCAUAAGGUUUCACGAACUUCUCUCCAACGCCACCAGUUCAGACUCGGGCAUUAUCACUUGCAAAAGUGUCUGGGUCUGGAAAAACGCCAGGUGUGUCGUGCUCUGCUAGCAUGACUGUCAAGUCUGUCAUGCAAGGUCGUACCUAAAAGCGCCACUAUUCGUAUUGCGUUAUGCAAAAGCAGAGUUUCUUAUGCAGAAUAGGCAACGCCAAGCGACUCAAAAACCUGUCAUGCUGAGCAGUCAUUUCUGGCGUUGGUUCUCUUAAUUCGCCAACCAGCAUCACAAGUUUCCAGACCCAGACAUAUUUGCAUUUGAUAGGCAUCACCCCGCUCGGCGCGGUUUUGCAAGCGCAGGCGGAGAAGCCCGACAACGUCUGGCCGCUGGAAAUCGCCAAGAUUCUCUUCGCGAACGGCUGCUCGCCCUGGUCAAAAGUGGCGGACAACAGUGUGAUCGUUGGGAACGUGCUGAACCCAGAGGAAACCGGGGUCGCGUUUGUGCAGCGGCAGAUGAUCCACGUCGUGCGAAAGUACCUGGCGACCUGUGAAAAGAACAAGCCGGUGAUUGUCGCGAAAGAUGUGCUGGAAAAUAACGGUUUCCUUCUGAACGGCACCGGGGGAGGUUCUGGCCAGCAGGGACUGUAUUUUCAGCAAAUGCAGAUGAUGAACUCUACAGAUUUCAACAUGCUGGACCCGCAAAUGUGGAGCAAUCUCGUGCACCACCCGAAGACAGACCAGCACCAGCAGCACCAGCCCAUGACGAAUCACAACGUGGUUGCUCCCAACUUGUAUCCCCCAAACGGCAACCCACGGCCGCAGGCCAAUUUAGGACGGAGGAACCCUCGCAGAAACAACAGCAAACAGACCGACCAGGCGCCGCAGCUCGCGGAGCCGCCAAAAAUGAGCGAGCGCGCGCAGCUAUGGAUUGCAAAAAUGUCUGGGUCUGGAAGACUGCAGAAGUUUGUCAUGCAGAUUUUGCAUUACCCAUGAGGUCUGUGAUGCAUGCCCUAGCAUCAGAGAUUUUGUGAGGGGUCUCUGAUGCUCAUACCGCAUGAGAAAUGCUCUCUCCGCGUAGCACAAAUUACACCUCUCUUGCUAUUCAUGCAAUACAGAUUUUAUGUAGAGUCCAAACAGCAUUACAAGUUGCAACCUUCCAGACCCAGACAAUUUUACUUUUGAUAGCAGCGGCACCUCCUGCGGCGGAUCCGGAGCACGCAAAAUUCGCCGAAAAAUAAUGCGGGGGGGAAGAACAAUAAAAGUGGGCCGUUGUUGAGAAGGAACACAACGACGGGGGGUCCCGGGACCCUGCAGAUCGGGACCACUUCGAAGGCCAGUUCUUCCACAAGUCUUCUCGUAAACGGCGAGGUUCUGAAUCUUCGUGAUGCGGCAGCCAAUGCGUUGAAAAAGAGGAGAAUUCUGAAGCGGCAAGACGGCGUAGAAGUUGGGGAGGAAAGCAAAGAUGCGUCGCAGGUGGGGCAACAGUACAAAAUUCACCCCGAGCAGACGAGUACGAAGCUUGUUCAACACCCUCUUUUUCCCGGCGGGGCACCGGCAGAUUCGCAUCCUGCUAAUUCUGCCGUAGUCGGUCGUGGGGCGGUAGUGGGUGUAGCUGGUUCUUCCAAUCUGCUGCCAGAGAAGGAUCCGAAAUUGUUCGCGAACGACAGUAACGCCUCGUUCGCACCAAAAAUAGAUCACGAGAAGACCAGCAAUGCUGCUGGCGCGAACGCAGAUCAGCCGCCCACGACCCCGAAGCCGCACCUUUUAUUCUCUGUCUACCCGGACGAAAAUGUAAAUGAUUCUGUCAAUGCCGGCACUACAACGUGCACUUGGACCUCGCGAUUCAUGAAGCACACCGCGGGACAGGCGGUCGAGCAGGCCGUGCAGGUGAUGCAGCUAUCAACUGCAAAUAUGUGGUCUGGUUCGGGAAGAAUGCAAGAAGACUUGUCAUGCUUAGCGCGCUUGAUUUUGGUUUAUUCUGUGAUGCAUGUGCACGAACAGCCCUCUUACUUGUCAUGCAAAAACGCAAUUUUCCAUGCGGAAUACGCAACAUAUAGCAGCUCGAAAAGUUCUCAUGCGUGGCUGCAUAUUCCAGUGUGGCCAUCAAUCGCAGACUUGCAUCACAAGUUCCCAGUGCAAAUAAUUUGCACUUGAUAGCAGCCGAGCGUGCACGAAACCAUGUGGGAAAAGCAGGUUGAGUAUCGUAAGGAAAAAAUCCUCCCUCCCCAUUCAAAAAGGGCAUACUUCUGAAAAGUUGUGAUGCUGAUUUGUGACCACAAAUCGUCUCUGUAUUGCAAGAAAGGAAACCCAGAGACUCUGCCGCAUUUUGCAGGCGGUUUGUGAUGCUGCUAGACCUACAGGGGGGAUCUCUGUCAUGCCAAGUGCCUACGUCAGAACAUCCCCGCCCAGGCUUUGCAUCUGCCUGCGUUUCUCUACUGCAAGACACAGCUGAUUUGUGUACACAGAUCCCGCAUCACAGAUUUCGACUUCGAUAUGGCGAGGGGGGAUUUUUCAUUUUGAUAUUGAGUAUCGCAACGCGUCAAAGAGCUCGGGGGUGGGAUCCGGAAACGAGAAUGGUUGUUCAUCAUCUUCCGCGUCGUCCUCUUCGGCCAGGAGGGGAGGUGGAGGUGCAACGGGAACAAAUCAAAGAAAUGCAAGUCAGAAAAACAUCAACGCGGCUUUUUUGUACAACAACAAUAGUCGGGGCAAUUCGAAAAACAGCGGUCCUCUCGGCAUGAUCCCGUCCAAAACCAGCUCCGCUGGCACAGCGCGCACGACGUACAGCAGGUCUCACAGCAGCGUGGUUCUCGCGCCGUCAUUCUCCCCCAACGCGGGGCGGACCAAGGACGUCGCGGUGGAGCGGGAGAUCGGGAGUCUGUUUCAUCCAGCGCCGAGGGCUCCAUCAGCGGAGCAGGAGGAGCAGGGUCUCGUCGUCGCUCCAGCUAAUAAACUGGCACGACCUGCUUUGAAGACAGCAGAAGGCAAAAAUAAGACCACGGCCGAAGUAGCGGCGUCCGCGGGUCGUGUCCCUCCAGAACGGAAGACUCUUCCGCAGAGAAAAGCGAAGCAACAGGCGAAGUUGAAACAGGAAACUUUGUUGCCGCCGGAAGAUGAGGAAGAAGAUUCAGAUUCAGAUUUCGACGCAGAAGAACCAGCGGAGCGAGACGACUCUGAAGACAGUAGCAGCGAGGGGAAUGAGGAAAAUAGCAGUAGCGAAGAAGAUGACAGCAGCAGUAACAACAGCCAAAGCAGCGAGAAGGAGGAGGUCGGGGAAAGACGGCCGCAAGGAGAAGGAGCAGGAAGUAGUAGUAGACAAAUAAUAAAACAAGAGCCAAAAAAUCCAGUGCUUGUCCCAGAGCAGGCCGGGCUGACGGAAGGGCAAAAGUUAAAACUUCCGAUCGGCAGUGCGGUUAGUAGCAAGAAUAAUGAGCCGAACACGAAGAAAACCGGGUCCUCUCGUGGUCCACCAGAUAUGAAGAAUCUACUCUUAGGUCCCCGGGUACCGAUAGAACCCGGGCGCACGAUGUCCAUUGCAACGCUGCUGCGGGCGAAAACCUUUUUCAGGAAAAGGAAGAGCACUGGAAGUAGUGUCUUGUCGAGCCGAAGGCGGAGGGAAACGAAUGAGAAAGGGAACAAUUGUAAAGAGGGAUCAAAUAUUAAACAAGCGCGUGAUGAAGUACAAGAUGACAUCAAGGCGAGGACCACCGACAAACCAGAAGCAAAGAUGAUGACAUCCUCAAACGCAAAACCGGCCACAGCAUCGCGAAACCAACCGACGACCAGUCGGAGUCUUGAACAAAACCCAGCGGGCGGGGGUAAGAAAUCUUCCACGUCUUUGCUGCUACUGCAACCCCCAGGAACUUCUACUGUUGUAGCUGGUGGCGGUCCAAAUGCAAAUGCUACCGGUAAGAGUCAGACUUCAUCAUCCCUCCCCACCAUCCAUUAUGAGCUGCGUUGGCCGAAACUUUUGGGAAUCGAGGACCAGUUUCUGGAUGACACGGCGAUACCACACGCGGAAGUUAUAAACACGAUGACGAGUGACGAGCAAAUUUCUUCAGCUUCAUCCGGGAUGGAAAACAACAACAGUAGUAGUUUUGGUAAUUUGAAUUUCGUUUUCGGACCAAGAAAUUUCUUCCAGCCAGGAACAGUGGGUACAGGUGCGAAUUAUAAUCCAAGCGGCAGCACCAGCAGCAGCAGAGCUUUUCCCCCCUUCGCAGAUCCGUUCGUAAACCCAUUUGGAGGUGGACAGCAACGUAAAAACCAGCAGCCUAAUUAUGAUAAACACCAAUGCGACUCGUUUGUGUUCUUCGCAACGAAUAACUCCAGCGACAACAAAAAUUUGAACGCACCAGCAUCAACGUCUUCCUGGAUAAACGCAGACCAUCAAACCCCGCGAGCAAACAUGAUGACAAAUAACCAGGAUCCUCCAGAUGCGAACGCGUCCUCGCGUCUCGUUAUCGAACAGGACCGGAACAAGAACUUUAUUAUUACCCAGGGCGAAUACCGAAACCAAAUCGUCUCCGAUCCGACCAUAUGGAUCGCAAAUAUGUCUGGGUCUGGAAGAAUGCAAGUUUGUCAUGCUUGUCUGGCAUGACUCGAGAAUCUGUGUUGCAUAGGCACGAAAAGGCGCUGUUACCUGUCACGCAAAAACGCAAUUUGCCAUGCGGAAUACGUAACACACGGCGGCCAAAAAAAUUGUCAUGCGUCGCUGCGUAUUCAAGUGCGUCUAUCAUUUCUUUUUAGCAUGAUAGAAAGUUUCCAGACCCAGACAUAUUUGCAUUUCAUAGACCACCAAGCGCCAGCUCUACGUGUGGGGCGAGUUCCUCUCUCUGUUCUACCAAGCCGACCCCGUGCUAGUCUCCACGGUGUUGCACAAGCAUUCUUUCCCCUACUUGCCGGAACAAACCCGAAAGGACGCCUGCUGGGCGCGGCGCAAGUGGCUGCUGUUCCUGGCGGAGGCCAGUGAGUGGCCGGGCUUCAAGAAGAACGUCACCUCGAAUGCGUGCGUCUAUCUGAAGGAACGACAGAACAGUUUACUGGAUGUUUUGAUCCGGAAAAUGCCCGAAGAAAUACUCACACAAGUGGUGCGGUUUUUAUGAGAUGCCGAGUCAUUUUGCUAGUGCGGCCGGUCUUCUUGCGAAUGAUAUAAUCACAAUAGAAAAUGCAGUGAAGCAAUAGAGAAUUUAUUCUUGAAGUGUUUUUUUGCUAUGCUACAAGGUACCCCUGUCUACCUAAAACGAACGUGUAUUCUUCUGUUCGGCGACGCGUUUUGUGCUUGAUAUAAUGAAGACGUGAGUUUAUUAUGUGCAACAUACUGACGACAAGAAGCAAAAAUGUACUUCACAUCUACGAUCAU